GAGAGUAAAUUCUUUAGAAACUGUCAACAAAGUAAACUAAAUUUGUGUUAUCUCUACAUUUGCGGUGUCUGGUGCACUGCUAAAACAUUGAAUCAGGUAGACCCCUGAAAUAGAAACAAAAUAGAAAGGAUUAAAAUGAAUUAAAUAAUAAUGGAUGGACAUGCCAGUUCUCAUGGUGUGACACAUGCCUCCAGUGUAGAAAGUGAUGAUGAAAGUGCUGACCAAAGAUAUUCAGAUUCAGAAAUGGCCUCCAUUGACAGAAACAUGGAGCAGCUAAGAAUGCUUGAUGAUGACUUUGAACAGCCAGAUGGUCAGAGAAGUUCACUGAGUCUUGAUGAUGAUGGUGGGACACAUUUUGAGUCCCACUCCCAAGAGGGGCUCAGUAGACGAGGUGGACCGGCUAGAGAUGGGAACAAUGCUAGUCCUGUUCAUCAUGGAAGCUCAGAUGACAACGACAGCUUAUUUAAUCCACUACAAAGAUUGAAUUUUGAUGAUGAUGUAUAUGAUGAUGAGGAAAGUGCUGAAGAUGUGGGGAAUAGAGAAGAUAAUGAGGAGAACGAACAUUUAGAAGCUGAGGCUGCUGUUAAGGAUAAUCCUAAUGUAGAUGAGUACAUGCAUCACCGUCCAGCUGUCAAUGGCUCAGAUGUAUCUGAGCAUGGGUUGUAUGGUGGGGCUAUGUCCGCACACGAUCAAGGUCAGAAUGUGCGGAUUAUCGAGGGUCAUGAUUCCUCUAUCUUGGACAAUGGUGGCAACUCCCUUUAUGGGUUCAGUUUUCUUCCCUCUCAGAUGGGGCAGCAGCCGUUGCUGUCCCCAGCAAACUCCGCAGGCGGUGCAGGCAACCCCAGACCAGAUGAGGACAGCCAGAAUCUGUAUGAUAGCUUAGAAAGGGAAGAUGGGUCCAGCCACUAUGGAGAUGAACAUAUGAUGGAGAAUAAUUCAUCUGAGUAUUACAGCGCUGGUAACAUGACAUUAAUGGCUACCAACUCCCAGGGUCCUGAUAAUGAUGUCAUGUGGGCCCAAGAUGACCCCACAGACCAAACAAGUUAUUUAUCUUCCCACCAUCAGCACUUCCAACAUUUAGUUGACCCAUCCCAGCAGCAGGGGCCGCCGCGGAAUUUCCAGGUCGAGCAGCCUGGGAGUUUCAAGGCAACAAGACAAAAUGGCUCCUACAGAGGGGAGGGAAACAUGGGAGGUUUUGGAGACGUCCACAGCAAUGAGGAAGAUAACACAGAUGCUUUAAGCUUGGAGCUGAGUGAAGAGGGGUUGCUGCAAAGCACCCAAAUGUAUGCCCAGCCAGUGUCCAACAACAUGGCCGGCAACAGCGGUCAACAUCAGUUCCCCAAGGACUGGAACAGUAACUGGCCUCAGGCUAAUGGCAGCAGUAACCAAAAUGCCAGUUUUGACCUGAUAGAUUCCAUCAGGUCCCAGCCAAAAAAUUUGUUGAGGAAUCAAGCCCCAAUCAAAGUAGAUGCAGUGGACAUUCAUGAUGAAGGAGAUGGCGUUGAUUCUCAAACUGACCAAAGACAAGCAGGCGCUGGAAGUUCUUUGGCUGUCACUGACCAGAACCAAUCAGCUGGGGACAGUGGCAAAGCUGGUAAAAAAUCAGCGAGCAACAAAGUCCAGACUCGCAGACCUGCGGUUCAGGGCUCUGCCUCAUCUGGAGAAAAAAAAGCCGGAGCUGUAGCAACGCGCUCUUCAGCCCCUAGCACAUCUAUCAGGAAGUCUUCACCAGCUACAAAACCUGGGAACCAUGGGGGGAGCUCUGCUGUUGGGCGCCACAAACCAGGUGAGCCAGCCAAAGCUGUGGUCAAUGCUCAGGUCAGGCCGCCACAAGCACACAGCUCUAUGCCCAAUAUGUUACAGAUCUCAACUGCUAAUAGUACCAACAGUCGAGUGAGUGGGGUGGGGAAAGAGUCGUACUUAAACAACAGUUCUCAGAUGCAGUCAGCCAGGGGUAAUUGUCAACUGAUUGUUGGAACAGAGAACAAUAUCUCACCGCUACCUCAGCGGGAGGAUGUGGGUCAAUCUGAGGUCACACAUCCGCCUCACAAUGCAGUUCAUGCCAAUGUUUCAAGCACAGCCAUGCCCAAGCCUCAGCCGUCUCACCCCCAGUUCUCACAAUCUUUUGACCGCAUACGAACUCAGCCAAACCAGCACCAGAUGGAUGUUCGAUCUUCCCAGUCCUACAUUAAGCAGCCACUGAUGGUCUUCAGUUCCAAUCACUCUCUAGCGUCCAGUCAAAGCAACUACAGUGGUGACCAGCAAUCAGCGAUACAUCGUCUCAAUGAAAACUACAAUCGUGGAAAUAUGAGCAGCAGCUCAGUGUCCUUGCCACAGCGCCAGGCCAGCAAUAGCCAACAGCUCCACUCCAGCUUCUCACAGAUCUCACCCUACACGCAAGGGGAUGCACUCAACUAUUUUGAUGGGAAUCACCAAAACAGUAUCAGGGACAUGGGAGCCAAUCAAGUGGAAGGUUAUAAAAAGUUUGGUCACAAACUUCCUGAGAAUGCAGAGCAUGACAUUCAUGGCAUGGAGGAUGUAAGAGCCCACAUGCACAACAUGCUGCGUGUCGGAGCAGAUUUGUCAUCCAAUCAUAUGGCAGAACAUACAUUAUUUGAUCCCACUGACACUGCAUCUGAUUUGUUAAUCUCUGAUCAACCAAUCAAACGUCAGCUUCACUUUGACCCAGACAUCACUUCCAUUAUGGGGAACAAUAAUCAAGAUGACAUGUCGGACAUCUUGGAAAAUUUCCCCACUUUUUCAUCUAAGAUAUUUUUAGACUUGCCGUCCUUGUCCAAUAGGACAGAGGCUGUCAUUCAGGGAGAGAACCAAUAUUUGCGGGAUAAUUUAGAAAAAGAAAAAUACAGAAGAAAGCAUUGUGAGGAACAAAUUCAUAAACUCAACACAAAGAUAUUGGAAAUUCAGCAGCAACUAGCUGUGGCGGUAUCAACGGAUAAGAGGAAGGAUCUCAUGAUUGAACAACUGGAUAAGCAAUUGGCCAAGGUUGUAGAGGGCUGGAAGAAGAGAGAGGCAGAGAAAGAUGAUUUUCUCAGGGUACUGACACAUGAGAAGGAACAGAUAGAGGAGAAUCUACAGUCACAGCAAAAUAUGAUCAACAGCUUUGAGAAGGAGCUUGCCCAGACUGUGGAUCAACUAAAGGCAGAGAAAGAAACUUCAUCACAAGCAAUCAACUGUUUAAAGGAUGAGCUUUAUGAGGUCCAGCGCAGUAAAGAACAGGCAGCUGAAGAGUUUGAGGCUGAGAGGUCAAAGUUCAACAAGAUGACUGCAGAGUGGAACGACCUGUCUGAGGCCCGAGACUUGGCUGAGAGGCAAGCGCAGCAAGCACAGGAGAGAUUGAUUUCAGAGCAGGACAACUGGUCAAAGAGAGAGCAGGAACUGUUAGCCAAGAUUGAUGAAGUUAAAGAAGCCAACCAAAAGGUCAUCAGCAUGGAGAAAGUCAAACUGGAGAGCCAGAAGAAAAAGUUAGACGCAGCUAAUGAAGAGUGUGAGCAACUAAAAGCUGAGUUGAAAAAAACUGUUUUAGAUUUUGAACAACUGAUCAGAGAAAAGGAAAGCCAGAAAGUUGAGAUGGCCAUAAUGGAGGCAAAGUUUGAAAGUGCACAACGCAAGCUGGAGACUGACCUCCAUGCCCAGAUGGAGAAAGAGAUUGCAGACCAGGCAUCAGAGUUCCAUAUGAGGAUAGAGACAGCUCUAGAAGAAGCUGCUGAACGGUACCAAAAACAGCUGAGUGAGCUCAAUAGCCGCCACCAAAAGGAAAUGGAACGACAGUCAGUAGCACUUACAGAAGAGCGACUGAAAAAGGAAGAAGAUUUUCGAAAACAUAUUAACGAGCUGGAAGAAAAACUCCAGGAGUUGAGGACAGAAAACCAUCACCUUAGACAGUCAAAGAUUAAACUGGAGUCUCAGAGGAUGGAGAUUUUGACCAAACUCCAGUUUAUGAUGCAGUCCCAGUGGAAUGAGGCUGUCUCUCUGUUAGUCAGCACCCCACAGAAGAAGGGUCUAAACAGCUCAUUCAUGUCUAGCCAGAAUGGUGGUCAGUUGGCCUCUGCUUUGGCUGUGGCAGACGGCAAUACCUCUGUUGCCAGUUUAAACCUGGCCACAUCUGGGCCUGCCACUUUGGCUGACCAGGGAAAUGAGAGUCAAGAACGAGCGACAUCGUCACCACAGUUGCACCAGAAUAUCGACAAUGAGAAUGGAAGGGAGGAUAGGAGGGAUGAAAUCAACAAGAUGGGCAGGGUGGAGGAAUAUUUACAGAAACUGUCCAGCAACAUGGACAUCCCCAUGACCAGGAAUGAGCUUCAAGUCCCGCAGGUCACCCAAAGCAGUGACCAGUCCUCUUCCUAUGGAACCUGCAGCAGGAUUUCUCUGGCAACGUCUGAAGACAAGAUGACAUAUCCUUAUCAUGGCCAGUUCCAUCACCAGCCCACAUCAGACAGAGGCAGCUCUGAUGAUAACAAACCGUCCAAUAACUUAAGUCACUCACAGCUUCCUCGUGUCCAUGGUUACGUAACGGGUCCUAGCGGUAACACAAUCAUCACAACAUCUGGACACCUGACCAAUGGUCACAGGACCCAGUCACUGCAAGAACUCACCUCUGCACCGUCCCCCAAGUCAUCUAUUCACUCAGAAUCAAGUCACCAUUCACUCAAAACUAGCACAGACAACAACCCACCUGCCAACCACCAAUACCCUCCUGCCAACCACCCUUACCUCAUCAACAGUAGCUACGGCGCAGGUUUCCCACCACCCCACCUGAACCAGUAUGGUCAGAACAGACAGCAGGCCGCCACCCACCUCCCCCCACGCCAGACACACAACAGCUCACAGCACAGCACUUUAGGCUUCCAGAGUUCACCACUGACUGGGGACUAUGGGGAUCAUAAGCAGCUCAAGAACGCUGCCAGUAGAGGUUCCAACAAAAACAUCUACGACCCAGAAAGUCCCACUGUGACCCCCAGUCCAUCAGAGCUGAGUACGGAGCCGUGGUCUCCUGCUGCACAGGCCCGACCAUUCUAUGGCACAAACAAAGCUGCCACCACCUUGUUGAGGUCAGCAACCACUUUGGGAUCUUUGCAGGUCCUUGGCUCGCCUCAAAGGAAAAGUCGACAUGGGCUUUCAAAAGCUGAAAAACUGAAUGAAAGCUUGUCACCUCCUGUAAAACAGACGUCCGACAGACAGCAAGCAGAAAACAUGAGCCAAUCUAUUGGUGAAACUGUGAACUCAGAGAGAAUGCAGACGAAAUACGGUCAGAUAUUAGACAGUAUGGAGGAGCAUCAAAGCAGGCAGGGUGAACUCCAACAUUAUGUUCGCAUGCUGCUGCAGAAAGCUCCAGGCAGUGUGUGCAGUGAACCAGAAAGAGAUGUCCAUUCAGAAUUAGAUGUUCUAGAAUCUUCCAGAGAUCUUACAGUUGACCUUGACCUGAAUGACACCGCAACCGCAGCCGAGCUGACAUCCCAGCUGAACCGGCUACAUCACCUGAGAGAGCACCAGUCUACAAGAAUGUUCCACACACAAGAAGGUGGACUGUCUCAGAUGACCGGCACCAGUCAUCUACUGGACGUGUCGGACGGUGUGGGAGACAACGGGGCCAUCAACUCCCAGCGGCUUUCAGAAAUCUCACAGCUUUUGGCCACAUACAGAGAACAAUGGGAAGAUAACCCAAAGAUGGCAGAGCAAGCCAAUGUGGCAACCCAGCUGAUUAGUGCACUCAAGACUAUGUCAUCUAACAGCAGGACUGAACCAGAUGACAAGAAAGCUCAAGAUGAAGCCAAGUCCCAAAACCAAGCUCGCAAAGUGAAGGAGGCAAAGGUCAAAAAGGUCAGGAUAGCCAGCCAGUCUGCAGAAACUGGCACACCCCCGGAGUCCAGAGACAAACCAACUGCAGCCAAGCCAGUGAGCUUAAACAAAAAAGCUCAGCCAUCCCCAGAUCCCAGCAAGGAGAAGAAACCAGCUGGGACUAAGGCUGCAGGGGGUAAAGGCACUGCUGGUAUUGGGCCAGCAUGGAAGUAAAAAAACCCCAUCCUAUUCUGUAGUACUGUGUCCA